GUUUUUCAAUAUGGGUGGAGGCAAACAGCAUCCUUCUUCUUCUUUUCCUUCGCACUUUUAGUUCUGUUGCAUGAAUUGAAAGCAUUUCUCAGCAAAGAGAAGAGAAGUGAGAGCUGACAGCAGCAUCUGGAGGUUCCUUCCUCAUUACGACGCGUGACACGUAACAACAUGAGUGUGGACUAUAUAUCAUAUGACGACUACACGGCGGAGAAUGACACCGAAGACACCGCGUCUGGCCAUGGAUACGACAGCAGCUCGCAGUUGUAUUUGACUCAUGUCCUAGUGGGGCUCAACAUCCUCAUCACUGCCGUCGGCCUGGCAGGAAAUUCCCUGGUGAUCUGGAUCUGUGGUUGCAAAAUGAAAAGAACGGUGGUCAACACCUGGUACCUCAGUCUGGCCGUGUCAGACCUGUUGUUCUGUGCGUUUCUGCCUCUGGACGUGUUCUACAUGAUCACCUCUCACUGGCCCUUCGGUCUGCUCUUGUGCAAACUGGUCUCCUCUCUGCUCUCCCUCAACAUGUACAGCAGUGUGUUCCUGCUGGUUCUGAUCAGCACCGACCGCUGCAUCAUGACACUGUUUCCCAUUUGGUGUCACAAUCACAGGAAAGUGAGGAGAGCGUACGGGGCCGUGCUCCUCAUGUGGCUCCUCUCUGCCCUCCUCACCUUGCCCUCGUUGAUCUUCAAAGAGACAGCCGUGCGUGGAUCGGUGACCCAAUGCUACUCCAGCUACACGGACGAAUCCCGACACAAGGCAGUGGUUGUGACUCGGCUCAUCUGCGGGUUUGUGAUUCCUUUCCUAAUGAUCGUCACCUGCUGCUCGGUGCUGUGUGUGAAGCUCGGAAGUAUGACUGUCAAAUCGAACAAACCCUACAAAAUCAUGGGAGCACUCAUCUUCUCAUUCUUCUGCUGCUGGGUCCCCUACCAUACCUUCAUUCUUCUGGAGUUGGACGUGAAGAACCACAGUGUGGAUCUUCUUCAAACUGGGUUAAAGGUUGGAGCCACCUUAGCUGCGUCGAACAGCUGCAUAUCCCCGUUUCUGUAUGUCUUCAUUGGUAAUGACUUUAAAAAAACUCUGAAGAGGUCUUUGAUUUCAAGAAUGGAUGUAGCCAUGGCGGAGGAUCUGCGGACAGGAGGGUUCAGUAACUCUAGGUCCAGAACACUGGAAGUCCUCUAGAAGUAGAUGGACAUCAUGGUCUUCAGUGACAGUAUUUACACAAAUGUUGACAAAAAAAAAAAAAACAGAAAAAAAUUCAAAAUGAUGACGAUUUGAAAUAGUGUAAAUGCUAAAGCAAAUUUGUGAUCCAAAAUAUAUUUUUUCUGGACGCUCUUUGGGUCCCAAACCAGUGUUUGGCGGUGUCACAAUUUUUAAGAGACAAGUCAGAGAAUGGGUUCCAGUGUCAGUGACUACACCAAAAUAAAUUAAUGUAUAUGGAUAAUAUUUUCCUGGAAAACUUGAUUGACUUCAGAAAUCACCUGUGUUGAUUUAUUUAUUUAUUUUUGUGACGUUGACUUUGAAAUAAAAGACCCCUCCCCAUGUUUCAUAUACAGAAUUCAAUUUUUUGUGUGAAUAAUUUGCUUUUAUGUAAAAUGUGUAAUGUGAAAACAUGAAAUAAAUAAAUUACAUUUAUUACAACACAUUG